AUGUUACAGGGUGUGUUGGUUGAUUUCGAUAAAGAAGGAAAAAGAAGACAGUCAUUUUCUUUUGAUGAGAGAAAUGAAAGCAAGAGACUCAAGCAAGCAGCUGCUUUAUCAUUAAUGAUUAAUCCAGAUGAUAAGUUUACUUCCUUUCCAGAUGAUGUGAAUAUCUUUGGUAGUGAGGAUUUUGGAUCCAAUUUCAUAAUUCGUGAAUGUUAUAUGGAUUUGUGGAAAUUGAUCACUGAAGAUAAAAAGUAUAAUGGUUGGAUUGUCACUGGAAAUCCUGGCAUUGGAAAAUCAAUGUUUGGCCUUUUUCUUUUGAUACAUUUGACUAAACAGGGGAAAACUGUGAAAUAUGAACAUUUCUUAAAGAAGCAUCAACAUAAAUUUCAACCUAACGGUUGUAUUUUCAAAGGAGAAUUUGAAAAAGAAUUACUGGAUGAUAAAACUUGGUAUAUCAUGGACACAACAGUUCCGAAAACUCUGGAUGUAAAUGCAAAAAGGUUUUUAUUAGCUCUCCAGAUGAUGAUGCCAUGA